ACCGCAGCCGGCGCCGCGGGGCGGGGCGGCUCCGGGCCGGGGGAUGGCAGUCCCCGCCGCGGAAGGGGGAAAGUUUGCCGCGCCUCCCCCCACCCGCCACGGGCAGGCGGUAGUUCCGGGGCCCUGGGGCCGAGACCGCGCGGCCCAGCCGGGAGCGGCCGGACAGGGAAGGGAAGGGGAGAACAGGGCAGGGCAGCCGCGACCUUGGCUGUAGCGCGGGGCGCCCGGGCUGUGCCGCAUCCCCGCAGCGGGGCAGGGGCUGAGGCACCGGCACGGGCGCCGCCGCCGGACUGCUCCCCUGCUCCCCUUCGCCGGCCGAGCAGUACCCGCCGCGUCGCCCGAGGGCAGCGGCCCCGGGGGGCUGCGACUGGCAGGGCGCCCUCCCCGCCCCCGCCGCACCCCGCCCUCGCUCCGGGCGCCAGGCCCCGGCCCCACCGCCCCGUCCGGCCCCCGGGCCGCGGCCGCCCCGGACGCGGGGCGGGGCGGGGGGCCGGGCCCGGGACGGGCGCCUGGCUGCGCGCCGGCCUGACUUGCGGCCUCGAGAGGCGGCGUGGGGUUCCGUGGGCCGGGGGUCCCCGCUUCUCCUCUUCCUCCCUUUGGCUUUCUGACAGUGUCUCCUGAGACCUCGGCUCAGAGCCGCGCGGGCGCUCCCUCCCUCAGCCCAGGUACUCAUUAAUGAGUGAAGGAUCAAAAGGUGGGACGGUGGCCAAGAAGCAAUGGAGAAUAAAAGUUUAGAAGGUUCCCCAUCAGACCUAAAGUUAGUGGCUCACCCAAGAGCAAAGAGUAAAGUGUGGAAGUACUUUGGGUUUGAUACGAAUGCGGAAGGAUGCAUAUUACAGUGGAAGAAGAUCUACUGCCGUAUUUGCAUGGCACAGAUUGCCUAUUCAGGAAACACGUCCAACCUUUCCUACCACCUUGAGAAAAAUCACCCCGAUGAAUUCUGUGAGUUUGUGAAAAGUAACACUGAGCAAAUGAGGGAAGCCUUUGCCACAGCAUUUUCAAAAAUAAAGCCAGAGUCAUCGCAGCAGGUUGUUCAAGAUAGCCUCAUCAUGAAGACCUACCAGAACUACGAAAACAAAAAACAUCAGGAACUGACAUCUGCAGUCAUCAGCUUAAUUUGUGAGGGCAUGUAUCCAGCCUCCAUCGUUGAUGAACCUACCUUCAAGGCCCUCUUGAGAACAGCGGACCCCAGGUAUGAACUUCCAAGCCGGAAAUACUUCUGUACAAAAGCAAUUCCUGAAAAGUACAGUGCUAUUAGAGAAAUUGUGCUGAAAGAGCUCACUGAGGUUCUGUGGUGUGGCAUAUCCACAGACAUGUGGAGGAGUGAAAACCAGAACAGGUCGUAUGUAACUGUGGCAGUUCACUUUCUCAGCAGCAGUCCUGCCAACUGCCUGGCUGUGAACUCGCGGUGUUUGAAAACGUUUGAAGUACCGGAGGAUAACACUGCAGAGACCAUUACACGAGUCCUUUAUGAAACAUUCAUCGAGUGGGGGAUCAAUACAAAAGUCUUUGGUGCUACAACAGAUUACAGUAAAGACAUUGUAAAAGCUUGCUCUCUCCUAGAUAUUCCUGUACAGAUGCCUUGUUUGGGCCACACUUUUAAUGCAGGAAUACAACAAGCUUUUCAGCUCCCCAAACUCUGCAACCUCCUUGCCAGGUGCCGAAAGCUGGUGGAGUAUUUUCAGCAGUCUACGGUUGCGAUGUACAUGCUGAGCGAAAAGCAGAAGCAGCAGAAUAUCCUCCACUGCAUGCUGGUAAGCGACCGUGUUUCCUGGUGGGGAAGCACGCUCGCUAUGCUGCAGCGCCUCAAGGAGCAGCAGUUUGUCAUUGCGGCCGUUCUCGUGGAGGACAGCAACAACCACCACCUCAUGCUGGAAUCCAGUGAGUGGAAUACAAUCGAAGGGCUAGUGGAGCUGCUCCAGCCUUUCAAGCAGGUUGCAGAGAUGAUGUCUGCUUCAAAGUACCCGACAAUAAGUAUGGUGAAGCCACUUCUCCACAUGCUUCUUAAUACCACUCUGAACAUCAAAGAGAACGAUUUGAAAGAAAUCAGCAUGGCAAAGGAGGUGAUUGCUAAAGAGUUGUCAACCACCUACCAGCACACACCUGAGAUAGACAUGUUUCUCAAUGUUGCAACUUUCUUGGAUCCCCGCUACAAGAAACUGCCUUUUCUUUCAGCCUUUGAGAGGCAGCAGGUGGAAAACAGAGUGGUGGAAGAAGCAAAAAGCCUGCUGGAAAAAGUAAAAGAAAAUAGCUUUAGAACUGAGGAGAAAUUCUUCACUGUUUCAGAAGAGCCCCCUAUGAAAAAAAUCAUCAUCUCCUCUACUCCUCCUCCUACCAGUGUCAUCAACAACAUGCUAGCAGAGAUCUUUUGCCAGACGGGAGGCGUAGAAGACCAGGAGGAAUGGCACGCUCAAAUCGUUGAGGAGUUGAGCAACUUCAAGUCACAAAAGGUCCUGGGUUUGAAUGAGGACCCAUUGAAGUGGUGGUCUGACAGACUAGCACUGUUUCCAGUUUUACCAAAGGUUCUUCAAAAAUACUGGUGUAUUCUGGCCACAAGGGUCUUCCCUGAACGCCUCUUUGGUUCUUCUGCUAAUGUUGUGAGUGCAAAGAGAAACCGGUUAGCCCCAGCUCACGUGGAUGAGCAGAUCUUUUUGUAUGAAAACAGUCGCAAUGGGUCUGAGGCAGAACCAGAGGACGAAGAUGAAGGAGAGUGGGGUUUGGAACAGGAACAGAUUUUUAAUUUAAAUGACUCGGUAAACAUAAACAACAAUUUCUUUAAUAUUCGAGACAGUGGGUUUGUUUAACAGGACUGCUGCGGUACAUUUAAUGACAAAGAAAAGAGGUAUUUGUCUUAAGUUACCAAAAAUUCUUCUGUUUUAUGCUAUGAAUGCUGUAAAUAUUGAACAGUUGUAACAAACUUGAUUUAGCUUC